UGGUCGGGUUGUUUCUACAGGAAGAGCAGCUAGUCUAGAUCCCUGCUAUAUAUGUUCGCUCAGCGAUCUUUUGUUCGUUAACCAUGAAACCAUCUCGUCUUUCCAUUCAAUCGGAUUACACUACUCGUAUAUAGGAGUACAUACCAGCUUAAUUAACACAGCAGUUGAUUACCAAUUUCCCAUGCCGCUUGUCGUGCAGCGCGUGGCGCCCGUUUCUGCUGCUACUGCUUGUAGUUGCGCAGCAGCAAAACAUGCUGAUGGCCGCCUCCUGUUCGAUGAUCUUUUGCUCGGUGGCAAUGGGGGUCACGACGCCAAGAAUAAGCCCGAUGCGAGCAACGACAACGGCUCGUCCGGGAAACUCGAGUGGCUGAGGUCGCAGAUCAUCGGCGCGGAAGCAGAGUUCGCGUCGCCGUUCGGCACUCGCCGCAUCACGUACGCCGACCACACGGCGUCCGCCCGCUGCCUGCGGUUCGUCGAGGAGUUCGUGCUGCGCAACGUUCUCCCCUACUAUGGAAACACUCACACGGAGGACAGCUACGUGGGACUGCACACGAGCAAGCUGGACCAGCAGGCGGCGCGGUACGUGAAGCGCUGCCUGGGCGCCGGACCGCAGGACAUGCUGCUCUUCUGCGGCACGGGCUGCACCGCGGCCAUCAAGCGCCUGCAGGAGGUGACGGGCGUGGCCAUCCCGCCCACGCUGCGCGCCGCGGCGCUGGCCGCCCUGCCGCCGUCCGACCGGUGGGUGGUCUUCGUGGGGCCCUACGAGCACCACUCCAACCUGCUCACCUGGCGGGAGAGCCUAGCGGAGGUGGUGGAGAUCGGGCUGCGCCCGGAGGACGGCCUCCUGGACCUCUGCGCCCUGGAGGCGGCCCUGGAGGCGCGCGCGUUCGGGGGGCGGCCCAUGCUGGGUGCCUUCUCGGCGUGCAGCAACGUCACCGGGCUGCGCACCGACACGCGCGCCGUGGCACGCCUGCUGCACCGGUACGGCGCCUACGCCUGCUUCGACUUCGCGUGCAGCGCGCCCUACGUGCGCAUCGACAUGCGGUCCGGUGAGGAGGACGGCUACGACGCCGUGUUCCUGAGCCUGCACAAGUUCCUCGGCGGCCCCGGCAGCCCGGGCGUCCUGGCGAUGUCGUCGCGGCUCUACCGCCUCCACCGCACCGCGCCGUCCACCAGCGGUGGGGGCACCGUGCUCUACGUCAGCGCGUACGACCACCGCGACACGGUGUACAGCGACGACGCCGAGGAGCGCGAGGACGCGGGAACGCCGGCGAUCAUACAGAAGGUCCGCGCGGCGCUGGCGUUCCGGGUGAAGGAGUGGGUCGGGGAGGCGUGCAUCGCGGCGGGCGAGGCCCGCAUGCUUGCUCUGGCUCUCCGACGUAUCCGCGCGGCCGCCAACCCCAACCUGCGCCUGCUGCUCGGUGCUGAUCCUGCGAGCGCGGCCCGGCUCCCGGUACUGUCCUUCGUGGUGUACCCUCGUACGCACGACGAGCCUGAGCCCGAGGGCGGAUGUCGCGGCGGGAAGGAGGAGCAGGGGCGCCCAAGGCUGCAGCUGCACUGCCGGUUCGUGACGAAGCUGCUCAACGACCUGUUCGGCGUGCAGGCGCGCGCGGGUUGCGCCUGCGCGGGGCCCUACGGCCACCGGCUCCUCGGCAUCACCCCGGCGCGUGCCAAAGCCAUCAAAUCCGCCGUCGAGCUGGGCUAUCACGGGGUGCGGCCCGGGUGGACGCGCGUCAGCCUCGCCUACUACACGUCGAUGCAGGAGGCGGAGUUCGUGCUGGAUGCCGUGGACUUCGUGGCCAGCUUCGGCCACCGGUUCCUGCCGCUCUACGCAUUCGACUGGAAAACUGGUGAGUGGCAGUACAACCACAGCUGCGCCCGCGGACUCUUGCCAAAAAACGUCGGCGACGGUAUUGCUUCUAGUGGACGAGUGAAAGCAGAGCACGACUACCAGAGCUACAUGACAUUUGCUCGUCGCCUGGCUGACUCCUUGGCUACCACUUGCACUGGUCUGACUGAAACUCAUGCUGAGCGCAUUCCCAAGGGCAUCGAUCCACAGUUAGUUUACUUUGUCGUGUGAGUCGAUGUAAAGUUGAGUUAUUUGUUCAUCCCUUUCUUCCGGCUCCAUUUCUACUACUACUCCUUUUCUGUUGCACAACUGAGUCCAGAAUUGAGGCCUUGUGUAAAUUUGUCUCAAAUCAAUAAAAAUA